AUGCUCCGCCUCAACCUCUCCCGAACCACAUCGGCCCACCUUCUGCGCCAAGCCUCCCACCUGGCCAUCGGUUUUGGCUCGCAAACCGGUACCGCCAUGACCUUUGCCGCAGAGCUGUCCAAGGAAGCUGCCGUCCACGCCCACACGGCCUCGUUAGUCGCCGCCAACGACCUCGUCCCGCUCAACUCGCUGCCACCCGAUGCUGUCCUGGUGCUGAUCUGCGCCUCGUGUGGCGAGGGCGAGCCGACCGACAAUGCGCGCGAGCUUAUGGCCCAUCUCGAAGCGACGUCAAGCUCGCUCGAUGGCCGCCAAUUCGCCGUCUUUGGUCUCGGCAACUCGGCCGCGUACCCGGAGCGCUUCAACGUGGUAGCCAAAGCACUCCACACACGCCUGGUCGAGCUCGGCGGCGAGCCACUCACCCCGCUCGGCCUCGGCGACGAUGCUGGGCUCAACGGCCACUGGAUAGAUGACGACUUUGACGCGUGGAAGGACAGCCUGUGGACUGCGUUGAAGACCACGUCUCAGCCGCCGACCAAGCCCGAUGCAGCCCGCGCGCCGGGCGUCGUCAUCGCCACCCACGCAUCCGAUGCCGGCCGAGCCGCGCGCGAGCAAUACCACGCCCACAUCGAGCACUGCCGCGCAAACUUCCCGGUCUCCCUCACUCACCCGGCUCUGCUGAAAACGAGCUGCAACAUCGAGCUGCACGCUCCCAACUCGCAGCGAUCGGCGCGCCACAUCGAGCUCGACGCGUCCGCCACCCCGCUGCGCUAUGCCACCGGCGACCACGUCGGCAUCAUCCCGCGGAACUGCUCAGCAAAGGUCGCCAGAGUUCUCGACAUGCUCCAACUUGAUCCGCACCAGUUUAUCUCGGUUCCUGCCACCCGCAACCCGGCGCACGCCGCGAUUGUUCACGGCGAGCUGGUCGAGGUGCCGACCGCCGUUGCGUCCAUCUUUGAGGCACACAAGGAUCUGACCGGUCCACCAUCGGCGGCAGUGCUGGCGUCACUGGCCGAGCUUGCAGCCGAUCCGGGCGAGGCGGCAGUGCUGGCAGAUCGCGCUGCUGCGGCCCGCACCCACGCCACUCUCGACGGCUCCGAAUACCGCCCGUCGCUGGCAGACGUCAUCACCGACGCGCCGUCGCUGGCUGGGCGCCUUGCGCUGGAGAAGCUACUCGACAUUGCCCCGCCCAUGAAGGCCCGGUUCUACUCGAUUGCAUCGGCCGCAGAGGCCAGCCCGACCCAGAUUGAUCUGACCGUCUCGGUCCUACGCUACGGCCUUUGCUCCAACUACCUGGCCGGCCUCGAGCCCGGCAGUGUCGUCCGCGCCUUUGCGCGCGACUCAGGCUUCCGACUUCCUUCCGAUCCGACACUGCCCGUCAUGCUCAUUGGCGCCGGAGCAGGCGUGGCUCCGCUGCGCGCCUUCUGGCGUGCCCGACAGAUGUUGCGCGCGCGUGGAGCUGCUCUCGGACCCGCCCAUCUGUACCUCGGCUGCGACCGGCGCGGUGUCGACGAUCUGUACGCCGACGACAUUGCUGCUGCGCUUAGUGAUGGAGCACUUACCACAGCCACCAUUGCCGCGCAGCAUGAGCCGAGCCCGUCGGGCGCCGUCUUUGUCCAGGACUAUCUCCGGCAAGGUGAUCACGCCGCCCGAGUCCGGGACCUUGUCGCUGCCGGUGGCUCGAUCUACGUCUGCGGGCGCGAAACAACGCUCGGCGUCGGCACAAAGGCUGCCUUUACCGACCUUCUUGGUAACCAGGUCUUUGAUGCCUUUGUUCGAUCCGGCCGCUUUGCUCAGGACGUCUUUGCCUGA